AUGAUGUCCCUGCAGUCUGGGCCAUGCUCUGCAGCUCUCUGUACUUUGCUCCUGCUCACCUGCAUCUGGCUGGGCUGGGCUAAGCAAUGCACCACAGAACCCAGGCAAAUCAAAGGCCGAGCCAUGAUCCGCCCCUCAGCCGGUGAGAAGGACAGCGGGAAUGCCAUGUUCUCCGGCUCCUCACUGGAGUCUUACCUCCGCAGCUCACUGACCAGGCUGAUCCUCCCCACGCUCUACUCCAUGGUGCUGCUGGUUGGAUUGCCAGCCAAUGCCCUGGCUUUCUGGGUGUUGGCCACCAAGACCAAGAAAUGCAGCUCCACCCUCUUCCUGCUCAACCUGGCCGGUGCUGACCUGCUCUUCACACUCCUGCUGCCCUUCAAGAUCUCCUACCAUCUGCUGGGCAACAACUGGCUCCUUGGGGACUAUGCAUGCCGUGCCCUGGUCACCCUCUUCUAUGGGAACAUGUAUGGCUCCAUCCUCUUUCUCACCUGCAUCAGCCUGGACCGCUACAUCUCACUGGUGCACCCCUUCCUGUGGAGGGGCUCCCGGCACGUCUGGCCGGCGGCGGGAGUCUGUGUGGGUGUCUGGCUGGCCGUGGGGCUGGGUUUGAGCCCGUUGCUGCGCUACCACCAUUCCCAGCACGUCCCAGAGCUGAACAUCACAACCUGCCAUGACAUCCUGGAGCCAGAUACGGAACGCGAGCUGGCCUACUACUUCCCUACGCUGGUGGUGUUGGGCUUCGCCAUGCCCUUCAUGCUCAUCACCUUCUCCUAUGGCAGGGUGCUGUGGCGGCUGUUCCGCAGGGGGCGGCACUAUGGCCACGUGGUACGCCUCCUGGUCCUGGUGCUGCUCAUCUUUGCCCUGUGCUUCACGCCCAGCAACGUGCUGCUCUUCUUCCACUACCUGCAGCCCCAACUCGAGUGGCACAACCGUACCUACACUUGGUAUGUGCUGGCCCUGGCCGUCAGCGCCUUCAACAACUGCCUUGACCCCUUCAUCUACUUCUAUGUCUCUCAGGACUUCCGAGCCCGGCUCCGGGCCAGGCUCUGCUGCGGUAGGUCCAAGUCCUCCUCAGGCAGGGCCUCCGAGAAGCUAGUGCUGCCCCAGAGGUCCAGCGAGCAGAGCCAGCCCUAGGCCAGGGGAGCCCUCAGGCAGUGGGAGGGGACUAGGAAGCCGCUUUGUGUUUCCCCCACCACUGCUCAUGGGGCAACCAAGCGUUUGGAUAUGGCUUGCUCCCCAGCUCUGCCCCCAGCGCUUCCUCUGUGGCACAGGGCCCGCAUCUCAUCCUGUCCCAGCUCCGGGCAAGCUGCACAGAGGGCACCUCCAGCCAUGCCAUGGGUGCCAUCUCAGGAGACGGAGACAGGGACCAGGAGCAGCACUGUCACUGCCUCCCUCUGGGUCCUUGGCUGAGUUUCUUCCUCUUUAAGCGGUGCUGCCC